GCAAGCUGGCACUGCGCAGCCGCUGCGGGCGGAAAGACWAGACGCAGGCCGCCCGGUGCGGGGCCGAAGACCAUGAGCAUGGCGGUCCCGGGCGGUGGCCGCCGGGCGCGAGUGUCCCGCCUAGUCUCCUUCAGCGCGAGCCACCGGCUGCACAGCAAAUCUUUGAGUGAUGAGGAAAACUUGAAACUGUUUGGGAAAUGCAAUAAUCCGAAUGGCCAUGGGCACAAUUAUAAAGUUGAGGUGACAGUAUGUGGAGAGAUCGAUCCUGUUACAGGAAUGGUUAUGAAUUUGACUGACCUCAAAAAAUAUAUGGAGGAGGCGAUCAUGAAGCCCCUUGAUCACAAGAAUCUGGAUCUAGAUGUACCAUAUUUUGCAGAUGUUGUAAGCACGACAGAAAAUGUAGCUGUAUAUAUCUGGGAAAACCUCCAGAAAUUUCUUCCUGUGGGAGUUCUUUAUAAAGUAAAAGUGCAUGAAACUGACAAUAAUAUUGUAGUCUAUAAAGGAGAAUAGUUCUUAGGGAUUAACACUGUGGAAAGACUAAUUUCCUUCCACAUUUAAAAAAGAUCUUUAUCCUCUUGGAAUAUUAAGUAGUCACCACAUAAUUGUUGUACUACAUUGUGUUCUGAAGUGCCUGAUUUAUUGAAAUCAUUAUAAGACCUGUUGUGAAUUUAAAUCUAUUUUAAAAUAAAGCUUGUAAUGUAUCCUGAAUAUCAUUUAGAGAGUCCUUUAUCUAUAGAUUAAAAGUCACUUUAUUUUCA